AUGAGAGUGGUGGUGAAGUAUCUCUUUUUUUUCGAACUGCAGGGACGACAUCCGGUCGAGACCAGAGCGGCGGCUCACCUGACUAAACUCAACGUGCUCUGCGAGCCUCGCUUCUCCCCGGGCCGCUCAUAACUGCCGAGCAUUUCGUUCGAAUAGGUCAUUUCCGGAGCGGCGGUGGCACCGACGUCCCACGGCAGGACUGCCGCACCGAUGCGACUCGUCGUCGUGAUGGCGUCGCUUCUGAUAAUUUUGGAAGACGUCGCGGCGGAGAUCACCGACUACGGUGACGUCAACUUUGACUCUCCAGAGAUCGGUGAGAUUUUGGUCAAGUUCAUUAAAGUUCACUUGGAUGAAGCUUCAUCAGCUAGAGGUCGAGUAGCGACGUAA